AAUUCACCCGAGAUGCGUUAUGUCAAAAAUGUCAAUUUUCGGUUUUAUGGAAUAAGUUUAAACAAGACUAUGUUAGCUUGUGUUUAGAUACUGUUUACAGUUAUUUUUCAUGUGUUUGAUUUUGAAUGAUUCAGUGAAGAAAUAUUUAUUAAGAUAUGCGUAGAAGUAGGAGUCCUCGAAGGCAUUCCGAACAGAUGGACGUAGAAACUUUUAGUAUCAGUUCUUUGAGUGAUAUUAGUGUUGGAGAGCUAAUUCAGCAUAGAGACGAAUAUAAGAGUUACAAUCGUGGAAUUGAAAAACGUGGUAGAAGGCGAAGAGAACAUCAUGUUUCAGAUAAAAGAGCUCGAUCGGAAUAUUUACAAAAUGAGGAAAAUGUGCAGCACUUUCCAAAUAAUUUAGAUAUGCUUUCCGACCCCUCUAUUUUCGAAUAUAAACAGACAUCAUGUUAUAGGCCGCCAACUCCUGGACCAAGUAAUAAUGGUAGAAUUGAUAAGAGAAAAUCACUUGAUGGUGGAAAAAGGAAGUUUGAGGAUAGAGAAUAUAAGAGAUCCACAUCUGACAGGCAUGGAGAUAGGAGAUCGUUCGAUAGAAUUGAGUAUACUGAUAGACGACAUAAUGAUGAACCGUUAGAUGGCAAUAGCAGUAAAGGUGAAAGGAGAGACACAGUUAGUAAGCCAUUAAAUGAUGAAGGAAGUAGUAAAUCUGAUGAUAGAAUUGAUAGAUUGGAGAGAAUGAUAGAAUUAUUAGUACACAGUAAAUCUCUAGCAACAAAUAUAGAUUCUUCACAAAAAAAUAAAGAUAUUGUUGAGGCAGGUGGUAAAAAUACAAAAAUUAGUACAUCAUUGUGGCUGAAUGAAAUAAAUGAAUAUUGUUUGGAUAGAAACUAUGACGAUACUGCUUGUAUUAAUUAUUUACAAACUAAAAUGUCUGGUUUAAUGAAGGCUUGGUUCAAAACUUUAAAUGUUUUUGAGUAUACUUGGCCUGAGUUAAAAAUGUUGAUUACAAAAACAUUUCCUGAUACCUUUGAUUUUGCUAGUGCAUUGCGUUUAUUAGUAGAUAGAAUUAAACGGCCAGAUGAGACUAUUACAGAAUAUUAUUUUGCUAAAAUGUAUUUAAUAGAAUAUUGUAAAAUAUCUGGUAUGAAUGCUGUAUCAUGUUUGAUUGACGGAUUGAAUGAUCCAUACCUCCAAAAUCAAGCGAAAGAAUAUAAUUUCUUGACCCCAGAAACAUUGUAUUCUCAAUUUUUGGUUAAAAUACCAAAUUAUGGUUUAAGCGCUGAGCUUCCAGAACCAGAAUCAUUAGAGGAAGAAUAUGAAGAAAGAAACUUGAGUUAUUCCACUACAACUCGUGACAAUCCGAAAUCUGAAGAUAUGAACAACAAAAAGUGUUAUACAUGUGGCAAGAUUGGUCACAUAGCAGAAGUUUGUCGUCAUGCACCACUAUGUUACAAAUGUAGAAAGAGAGGUCAUAUUGCUGUUAAGUGUCCUAACAAAUAUGUGGAACUGAAAAGACUGACUUGAAAUUCUUUGCUUUAACAGUUAUUUCCAAAGAUUCGGAUGUUCUGUACUUUAAUCUUUAAGUUUAAUAUAAAUAUCGCUUGUUAGAAGAUGUCUAGUAUCACUAAAAAUUCACCGAAUAAUCCAGAUACUAGGUUAAAAUGUUCAUUUUUUUGUCUCUGAAUCAUUGUUAUUACUUAUAAUGUUUUUAAGAUGAUUUUGUUAUCUACAUUGCUUUUCUUUUUCUUUUUUUAAUAAGUUUGGAAUCUAUAAUUUAUUUUUCUGGCUUGUAGAUUGAACAGUAUUGCUAUAAUUUUGAAGAAAUUUUCUUCAUUAGGAAAACCUUCACUUUAUUUUAGGUCUGAUGAUUUUUCUGUGUAGAGUUCUGGCUUUUAUUUAUUUUUUUUUAUUUCGAAAAUUUUUAAUUUGGAGAUCCCAAUGCAAUGGUAGUUCUCUAAUUUCUUUUGAUAUAAUUUCCAUUUGUUUUGCCUUCUUUUCUUUUACUGACCUUGUAUAUAUAAUUAUUUUAUGUAUGUACAUCACAUUAAUAAAUAUUUUUACACUAGCCAUUCAUGAAAAAAAAAACAUAUUCCUUGGAUAGAUAAGUUUUCUAAUAAUUUUAUAAUUAUGGUUAACCUGAAAUAAUUCAAUCCUCAUAUAUACAUAUACAUAUAUAUAAGCGUUUUCGUUGAGGAGUUGUGGCAAAAUUAAACACCAAAGUGUACUAACUCCAAUAUAUUCCGAGCUUUCGAAUCUGGGAAUCAAUUAGUUCAGAAUUUUGGCGUGAUAAAUUUUAUAAUAAUAACAUUAGAUUCAUCAACCUGAUAGAAAUAUUAAAAGAUAUUACAAAAUUUACCGCACCGCAAUUCUUGAUUCCCAGACGUUGAAUACAUAAGUAUCUGAAAGCUCGGAAAUAUAUACAGGUUGGUGUUUAAUUUGCCACGGUCCCACUACGUAAACGCUCAUAAUCUAGUUGGCAUAGACUUAAUUUCAAUUCAUAUGAAAUAAACAUAUAUACCCGAUUUUUUCUUUUGUUUUUUGUAAAAUGUGAUUCAGAUAUGUGUCCUAAAUGUAGAAUUAGCUUGAAAUAUCAUCAUCAAAAUUAUCCAGGAAUGUAAAAAGUUUUGAAAGGUUAUCUUGUGAAAAUUAUAACAAUUUGUAUUAAAAAUUACAACUGGAA